AUGGCCGUCAAGACGAGGGCGAGUGAAGGUUUGAGUACAGCGUGCAGACCGGGCCAGUGUCCAACUUAUCUUGUACCUCUCUUCUGCAGGUUAAAAUAUCAGGGAGUUUGUCCUCCUGUUGCUCGAUCAGAGGAAGAUUUUGAUCCUGGCGCAAAAUUCCACAUUCCUUCGAGUGUACCUUAUGUCAGAUAUUUUGUGAGCUUCAUCAUCCAGUUCCAGUUUCAUGAGAGCCUUUGUAAAGCAGCUGGUCAAACAGGACCUCUGUACAAAUGUGAUAUCUACAAGUCAACAGCUGCAGGAAAACUCAUCGGGGAUGCCAUGAAACUGGGGAGUAGCAAGCCGUGGCCUGAAGCAAUGAAGAUGAUCACAGGGAACUCCAGAAUGUCUGCUUCUUCCCUCCUGAAAUACUUCCAGCCACUAACAGAAUGGCUCACUGAAGAAAAUAAGAAGCAACAAGAGACCCUCGGGUGGCCUGAUUAUGACUGGACUCCAGCUCUUUCUUCAGUGGAAGCUCCAGCUCCGACAACUCCAAUUACCACUGUUGAGGGAAAUCCAGUGCCUGUUCCAAAAAGCAAAGUGGAUUUUCUGGGGUUAAGUUUAGAUCCAGAGCAGGCUAAGGCAGGCCAGUGGAUCCUGCUAGUACUGGCCCUGAUCCUGGCUAUAGCAGUCAUUGCCCUCACAGUGAAAACAUUUUUAAGAAAUAAACAGCACAAAUCAACAUCUGAACUUGAACUGAAAUAAAAAACAAAUCUCAUCAGGUCAGAAUUCUUUCACUAUGCAAAAAGAAAACAAUAAUUCAACACUCAAUUUAUAUUUGUAAAUCUGCUGUAAGAAUGUUUAAUUAAUCUCUUGGGUUGGGUAGUCCUAAUACUUCGAACACUUCAGUGAUGACUAGACAUUUGAUGCAGGGAUGUGAAAUAAUAUAUUAAAGCGUUCUGUUGUGUAA